GAGCAGCAGGAACGCGUUGGGGCGAGUGUUUAUGAGAUCCCAAAACAGUAAAAUUCAAGUAUCCGCAAAACGUCACUCUCAAAACCACGUGACUAAAGUUUUUCUUUGUGGACGUGUUUUGUUUACCAGCCGCGCAGGUGUGUUUACAGGCCGUUCCGAAACCGCGCGCUGGAAUUAUAUCACUCUUUCUGCCUGAUUCGCUGCGUUUAGUUGGAUUGCCAGCAGCAACAACUGUGUAUACUUGUUUUUGUUUUUGUUUACUGCUGGACGAUUGAAUGGCGACUUUGUCUGUGCAGCAGCAGCAGCCUGGCGACAGCGGUCUUGAGGAUCGCGAAGUGGGCGGGAGUGAUCUUGCACUGGAGAACAACGUCAACAGCGUGAACACCAACGAGAGCGACGACAGCAACAACAGCAGCAACAGCUCUGACGGUUACCAGACUAAUCUGAAGCAGAACGGACUCCACAGGCUGUCUGAAAAACAGCAGCGGCCGUCGCUGGUGGAAGAGUACGAGCGCUCGAUCGCCCAGAUCCCGGAAUGGCACGACGCCGAGCUUUCAGAGGAGUGGAUUUCACAGCCCAACUCGCCGGUGCUGGAGCCGAUGAUGACGAAGAGCAGCAUCAAGUCGACUGCGAGCGCAGACUCGCGCGGCAGUGUGUCGUCGUCGCAGAAUGCGGACGGGACCACGCGGAUCUUGACGGAGCGCAGGUCUGUGAACGAGCAGCAGCGGCCUGCGACGCCGGACUGGAAGAAAAUGACGCUGCCGAAGGAUAUUUUUAGUCCGAUGACGUUGGAGCGCAUGUUUAAGCCGUCGGCUACGAAUGAAAGCAGUAGUAGUGCGCAUCAAUCAUACUCCACGCUGCACAAGCGGCACUUAUCAAAGGAUUCUCAGGCGCGUCUGCGCGCGAGUAUGACAAAGUUAAGGAACGAGAUUGGAAAGAUAGAGCCUAUUCUGGGACCGGGGCCGAUGUCGAAAUCGCUCGAAGAUCGCAGCCGAACUUCGACGAUUCGCAGAAGAUCAACAACGUCGAGAUCAGCAGGGUCGGCUACUCACCAUGUGAUCUUAGAGGAUGCAGAAGAAGAACAAGAAGAAGAAGGAAAAGAAGAAGAAGCAGAAGAAGAGCCAGAGAUUGACGAUAGAUCAACGCGUGAGGCUGAUCCGCGUGCAAAGUUGGGGCUUGAGCCGUCAAAGACAAACAGUCCGCGACCGCCUCAGAAGAAGAGUUUUGAUUUCACCGUUUCUCGGGAUACGAGCGUCAAGGCCGCGUCGAACGCGAACUCGCUUUCUCCACCAAAAGGUUCACUCAAGCUCUUCCAGGUUCAUGAUACCUACACGAAUGCAAAGCUUGACAAUCUCCUGAACCAGAGCGGGCGGAUCACUAGUGCCGAUGCAAGCCAGUCUGAGCAGUCUAUUGUGGAGAAGCCAAAGUCGCCUACCAAAGAGCCUUUGGCAAAACGGCCCAGACUGGAUCAAAAUCGAUCGGUGCUGACGACGCAGGACUUUCUCUCCCAAGCGGAAAAUAUCAUGGACAUGCUGCGUGGUCUGGGGAGACCUGAGUCCGUCACUACAGAUGACGCCGAUUACUCGCAACGCCAGAGCGAGCUCACUGCAUCUGUUUCGCAGUAUUUCGGACAGUCGGCCGAUCGAGAGAGUGAUCUCCAGCGCCUUUCUGACAAACUCCACCCAAUCAGCUCGUACGAGUCCUCCGAGGACGGCAGGUCACUGAGCGAGGAAGAUAGAUCUCCUUACGCGUCAUCGGGAGAACGUCAAAAUAAUUUGCAGAGACCUAGGAAAGAUAACCCGCCACCGCCUCAGCGACAGCCGAAAUCUGCUCUGUAUUAUGACUCGAUUCGGAAUCGGUAUGAGACGAGCGGGACGGAGUUGGGACAGGACUUGGGCGGCAGUCGCCGGACAAAGAGAUCGCUUGCCGAGAUUGGCCUGAGUCCUGUGCGCCAGAGCGCGGUCACUGCAUCGCAUGGGUCAGAGCAAACAAGUAACGGCACCCUCAGGCAGUUCAGGUCUCGAGGUUCUGGACCCGGGGCGAAAAAGAAUGUGGAAACACCGACCAACGAGGCUGACGCGCCAGGCGGCCAUCUCAAGACGAACUCAUCAAAGGCAUCAAAUAAGUCUCACCAGGAGGCAAUGCAAGUCAUCCGCCAGCAAGAUGUGAUUGAUUUGAUUCCUCCGGCUAUAGGCUCGAUGGUGUACGACCCUAAUCUUCUCAAAUGGGUCAAGGCGACAAAGGAGAACGCGCAUGUUUCUAACGAUGACGAGGAGGAUGUGUUUGAGGGUAUCGAGGAUCUCACUGAUAACAACUCCGACGCAUACGACAGAAAAGAACAUGAAGUGCACGUUGACGAGUACACAAACUCGCUGCGCAGAAGCUUGUCGUCUUUGGAAGAAGUUCUGAGCCGGGGCGCGACAAACAAUCCUCCAUCGCCUCAAAAGAACGGAUAUGGGAAUAAGUAUAGUCGACCAUCGCCGCAGGGCUACAACUCCCCACAGAAACUGGGCGGACGGAAUAGUGCGGCGAAUUUGGCAUCCAGGCCUGAGGUUUCGUUUGCUUUACCUCUCGAUGACCAACUUGGAAAGCAUUAUGCACCAGAUGUAUCAUAUAUCGAAGCUCGUCAUGAGGCUACCGCUGUCUCUGAGCUUGAGUCGUCGUUCUCAGUUGCUGUGCAAAAUCUAGUGAAGGUGCUUUCAGAUAUCUACCCACAAGACCCGUACUGGGAGGAUCUGACAAUCCUGGAUCUUCGAGGACGAGGCCUCGAGACGCUAAUCCGGCUGGACGAGUGGUGCCCGCAACUACUUGAUCUAAACAUUUCCGACAAUGAGAUUGGGUAUCUCACCGGCGUGCCGUCAACGCUGAGGGUACUGCGGGCGAGCCACAACAAUUUGUCGCAGUUGACAGCGUUUGGGUUUUUGACGAAUCUGCAGUAUCUCGAUCUGUCUGAUAAUAGGAUUGAAACUCUUGAUGGAAUGUCCAGUUUGGUCCAUCUUCGUGAAUUGGUGGUGGACAAUAACGAGCUGGUCAAUAUUAAUGGCAUAUCGCAGCUCGAUGGAUUAUUAAGGCUUAGCGCAAAAGGCAACAAUGUCGGCAGCGUUAAUUUUGAAAAGUCGAAUCUCUCGAGACUCACUGAUCUAGACAUGUCAUUUAACCAGCUCACGCGGGUUGAAGGUAUCGAGAGGUUAAAAAGUCUGAUGACUUUGAAUCUUGAGGAUAAUAUGCUAUCAAGACUUGAACCUGAGGGGUAUCUGCCGAAUCUGAGGACUUUGAAGGUGUCGAGGAACAAGCUUAGCAAGUUUGAUGCGAUUCCGUUUCCGAACCUGAGAGUCCUGAUUUUGGAUGAGAAUAGACUGAAGAGCGUCUCUGGAUUGAAGAAGUUGAGACUUUUGGAGAAUCUGAGUGUGCGCGAUCAGGAUGAUAGUGCAAGUGAACUGUAUUGUCCGCACAUAACUGACGUGCGAAAACUGUACCUGUCUGGGAAUAUCCCGCGAGACUUGAGUUUUGAGAACCACUUUCUCAACCUGCAGUGUCUUGAGCUGGCAUCAGUCCAGCUCCGAAAACUCCCCGACAACUUUUCAGUGUUUGCGCGCAACCUUCGAGACCUUAACCUGUCGUUCAACGAGCUCAGCGAUGUCUCUGGCCUGAUGCAUAUCCCCCGCCUGCGAAGGCUUUACUUGAUAGGCAACCAGAUCAGCGGGCUCGUCAAGCUCGCGAGCGUGAUCACGACGCUACCCGAGCUUCAGGUCCUGGAUAUGCGGAUGAACCCGCUCACGCUGCAGUUCUAUCCGCCCGUGAUUGCGAUCGCGGACGGAGCCGAGAACACAGCCAGGAGCGCCACACUCGCGACGUCUACGCGCGGCGACCUGCACCGGCAGUACAGUCUUGUGAUGUCGCGGCAGGCGCAGGUGCAGUGGGAGCAGAAGAACCGCAAGUUUGAGGCACACAUGCCGGAGCUGUGUAUGACGAAGCGGAAGGGGUACCAGGGAUUGAUGUUUGCGUCUGCGCGAGCGCUGGCGUGGUUGGACGGUGCGUCGUUUAGUAAAGAGGAGCGCGAGCGCGCGGUGAGGGUGUUGGAGAAGGUGGCGCUGAAGAUGGAGAAGAGGGAGUUGCAGCGGGAGGAGAGACAGAGUCCUAGGAAGGGACAUCAUCACCACCAUCAUCACCAUCACCGGCACGCAUGAGUGUUUGAGUAUGAGUUGUUUCGAUAGUCUAUAUACCAUUGUAGUUGUGUAUGCUUAGUGCUUAGUUUGUGUUUGUGUUUGUUCUAGUUUAUGUUUUUUAGUGUUUUCUAGUGUUUUUUUGGGGGUAAUUGUUUUUAAGAUUAAGAGAGCACGAGCUCGGAG